CCGCGCCCCGCCUCCUGGGAGGUGGGGGAGGAGGGGGUUGGGGGCCGGGCGGCAGCGCCCGCCUUCGGCUCGUGCCCAUUGGCUGGGGCCUCGAGGGUGCCCGAAGACCGGAGUGCAGUUUGAUUGGCCGCAGAGGCUCGUGACAGCGGCGCCCAUUGGCUGUGGUGGUCCCCGUGACGCGGGGUGGCGACUGGCUCCCGGGUCUGAGGGGCUCCUGCUUGUCAGGUUCUAGCUCAUGUUUUCUGGCCAGACUUAUGGUCAUUCCCGUGAGACUUCACUGCACAUUUUCUCAAGUGUGUUCCUCAUCCCUAAUGUGUAAUCCUUCAACAUGGACCUGCUACUUUAGCUAAGAUAUGACCAGCAAUGAAUAGUAGUAAGAUAUGUGCUGAUUAGAAGGCUCACAGUACGGAGUGGAGGAUAAGACAGUGCCUUACAAAAAUGGGGUUUGGGAGUGACCUGAAGAAUUCACAUGAAGCUGUGUUAAAAUUGCAAGACUGGGAAUUACGAUUACUGGAAACAGUGAAGAAAUUUAUGGCUCUGAGAAUAAAAAGUGAUAAAGAAUAUGCAUCCACUUUACAGAACCUUUGUAAUCAAGUUGAUAAGGAAAGUACUGUUCAAAUGAAUUAUGUCAGCAAUGUAUCCAAGUCUUGGCUACUUAUGAUUCAGCAGACAGAGCAACUUAGUAGAAUAAUGAAGACACAUGCAGAGGACCUAAAUUCUGGACCCUUACACAGGCUCACCAUGAUGAUUAAAGAUAAGCAACAGAUGAAGAAAAGUUUUAUAGGUGUUCAUCAGCAGAUAGAGGCAGAGAUGAUCAAGGUUACGAAGACAGAAUUAGAAAAAUUAAAGUCCAGCUAUAGACAGUUGAUAAAAGAAAUGAAUUCUGCCAGAGAGAAAUAUAAAGAAGCUUUAGCUAAAGGGAAAGAAACCGAAAAGGCCAAGGAACGAUACGACAAAGCCACAAUGAAACUUCAUAUGCUACAUAAUCAGUAUGUAUUGGCAUUGAAAGGGGCACAGCUUCAUCAGAAUCAGUAUUAUGACACCACACUUCCUUUGCUUCUGGACUCCUUACAAAAGAUGCAAGAAGAAAUGAUAAAAGCACUAAAAGGUAUAUUUGAUGAAUACAGCCAGAUAACCAGUCUUGUUACAGAGGAAAUAGUGAAUGUCCAUAAAGAGAUUAAAAUGUCAGUUGAACAGAUAGACCCUAGCACAGAAUACAAUAAUUUCAUAGAUGUUCACAGAACAACAGCUGCUAAAGAGCAAGAAAUUGAGUUUGAUAUUUCCUUACUAGAAGAAAAUGAAAAUCUUCAGGCAAAUGAAAUUAUGUGGAAUAAUUUAACAGCAGAAAGUUUGCAAGUAAUGUUGAAAACCUUAGCAGAAGAACUUAUGCAGACACAGCAGAUGCUUUUAAACAAGGAAGAGGCUGUCCUGGAGCUAGAGAAGAGAAUUGAAGAAUCUUCUAAGACCUACGAAAAGAAGUCUGAUAUUGUGCUUCUGCUAAGCCAGAAACAGUCACUUGAAGAGCUGAAACAGUCAGUCCAGCAGUUGAGAUGCACUGAGGCAAAGUUUACAGCACAGAAAGAAUUACUAGAACAAAAAGUACAAGAAAACGAUGGGAAAGAGCCACCUCCAGUAGUAAAUUAUGAAGAAGAUGCACGAUCAGUUACAUCUAUGGAAAGAAAGGAGAGGCUCUCCAAGUUUGAGUCUAUUCGUCAUUCAAUUGCUGGAAUAAUUAGGUCUCCAAAAUCUGCACUGGGCUCUUCAACAUACUCUGAUGCAGUCUCCAUAAGUGAGAAGCCCCUGGCAGAACAGGACUGGUACCACGGUGCAAUUCCCAGAAUAGAAGCACAAGAACUUUUAAAACAACAAGGAGACUUCUUGGUGCGAGAAAGUCAUGGGAAACCUGGUGAAUAUGUCCUUUCUGUAUAUUCUGAUGGACAAAGGAGACACUUUAUCAUACAAUUUGUUGAUAAUCUGUAUCGAUUUGAAGGCACUGGUUUUUCAAACAUUCCUCAACUAAUAGAACAUCACUAUACAACAAAACAGGUCAUCACUAAGAAAUCAGGUGUAGUUCUGCUGAACCCUAUUCCUAAGGAUAAGAAAUGGGUUCUCAAUCAUGAAGAUGUCACGUUGGGAGAACUACUGGGCAAGGGGAAUUUUGGUGAAGUAUAUAAGGGCAUAUUAAAGGAUAAAACUGCUGUUGCUGUUAAAACAUGUAAAGAAGAUCUUCCUCAGGAACUGAAAAUAAAAUUUUUACAAGAAGCCAAAAUUCUCAAGCAAUACGAUCAUCCCAAUAUUGUCAAACUUAUAGGCGUUUGCACACAAAGACAGCCUAUCUACAUCAUCAUGGAACUGGUUCCAGGAGGUGAUUUCCUCUCCUUUCUGAGAAAGAAGAAGGAUGAACUAAAACUCAAGCAGUUAGUGAAAUUUUCAUUAGAUGCUGUUUCUGGUAUGUCCUAUCUCGAGAGUAAAAACUGUAUACACAGGGAUCUUGCUGCAAGAAACUGCCUGGUAGGUGAAAAUAACGUUCUGAAAAUCAGUGACUUUGGAAUGUCUCGUCAAGAGGAUGGUGGAGUGUAUUCAUCUUCUGGCUUAAAGCAGAUUCCCAUUAAAUGGACAGCACCAGAAGCUCUUAAUUAUGGGAGAUACAGUUCUGAGAGUGACGUGUGGAGCUUUGGCAUCCUCCUCUGGGAGACCUUCAGCCUAGGGGUCUGCCCAUACCCUGGAAUGACAAAUCAGCAAGCACGGGAACAAGUGGAAAGAGGAUACCGAAUGUCAGCCCCUCAGCAUUGCCCAGAGGACAUUUUUAAAAUUAUGAUGAAGUGUUGGGAUUAUAAACCUGAAAACCGUCCCAAGUUCAGUGACCUUCAGAAAGAGCUGGCUGUCAUCAAGAGGAAAAUCACACAGUGACGGACCACUGCCAACAGGCUUCAGGACCUGGUCCUCCAGCAGAGUGACAUUGUUCUUGUUAACGUUGAGUUUAUACCACAUUACCUGCAACAAUUUUCUAAGGUGGUUUUUGUUAUUAACUGUUUUUUAAAUAUGCGCCACUUACAAAAAAAGGGUGGGGGGGAGGGCAAAGGCAAAUGUAUUCAAGAGACAGACACUCUUACCAAGGGCUUUAUGUGCUCACCACAGCAAUCCUGCCAUUUCAGGCCAUUGUAAAUAGAUAAGCACAGACUCUCAGUGUGAGGGAAGGUCAGAGCUUUUUCACACCAGGACCACUGAUGUUCCUCAAAGGUUCUCUACUUCAGGCACAGUUCAUGGGCCACUGUCCUAUGCCACUGACCCUACUCAAUCGGUGCUAAAAGCAGCAUUGGUGAUGCCAUGUUCGCAGGAUACAUUCCAACCAAAGGUGGCUCUUUGCUCUGCCAAGGCAAGAUUCUAUUUGUAAACAUCAUUUUAUAUUGGGAAUUAGUUGGACCUCUUAGGGUUUUUUUUCUUUUCUUUCUUGGCCAGAAAUAAGUACAGUGUGAGCAGCAUCACACUCCUGUAUUAUUAGUAAGGUAGUCAUUUCCCAGCUCCUUUGUCCUGGCUUUGGACAGUGAUGCACAAGAUGUCCCCAGAGAACACAGUCUUAGGCCUGAAGCAGCAGCUUUUAUAGGCUGUUUUUGAGAGUCGUGCAUGAAGGAAGCUUGAAUGGGAGGGAGGUCUGGAGGAAGGAGCAGCUAGACUAGCAAUCUAAGACAAGAGGAAAAUAGAAAAUCUGCCUUCUGAUCAGAGUUAUGCCUUUACAAACACACACACACACACACACACACACACACACACACACACACAUUUUAUGAUCUAAAUUCACAAGAAAAGUUCUAAGGAAUGUUUUUCAGAAGUUCAUAGUUGGAGAUUUCUUAAUGGCAACAAAAAACUGUUUCGAGAAACUCCGAAGCACAAGUCCACAGUAAUCACAGCCUACUUUUGGUUAUGUACCUUCACCUCAGAGGAGGCAUCCUAGAAUUGCACUCCCUUCGCUUGUGUCAGUUUCCAGGGCUGAAAGAAUUUCAUGAUUCUAGUCCAUAAACAUAUUUGUGUGUGUACACACAUGAACAUGUGCUAUACACACAUACACACACACACACACAACCAAUAAGCAGGAGUAACAGUUAAUAAGUUGAGGGACAGCCCUCCUGUUCCCCUUCCCCGUUCAUUUACCCUUAUAAUGCUACCUGGAAAUCCUUAUCUUAGCUGACAGGUAUGCGAGCACAGUUCUGGAGAUGCUUCCUGUGCAUAAUGUGUGACACAGAAUUAAAAGCAAGAUUCUGUCUGGCUGAAUGUUAGCUACAUCCAGGGAAGCUACCCCAUGUCGUGUAAAUAGUUGCUGCUCAGGAUAAAUAUGUGUGUAAGAGAUGGUCACUCUCAGGGGUCAGUGCGGCUUGGGAGCUUUUAAUAAGUGCCCAGGCCUGUGUCCAGAUAAAUAGCACCUUAGUGAUCAUUUGAUUAUAUCCAUUGGAAGAGCUUAUAGGAGAGAAAAUUCCUCCUGCCCUCUCUGGCUGUUCACUGCCUAUGAAGAUCAUGGCACAGAACCCGUACUUUAAAGAGUAUAAAGGAUAAUACUGAAGAGAA